ACGCACGCGGAGGAGGUUAGAGCUGCCUCCUCCUCCUCCUCCUUAAUAAAGCCGAUUAUGUGGCGUCCCAAUAGAUUUGCGCCGUGCCGAGCCGCAUUCACGUCUCUCGCACAAUAAGCCAGCCAGGGAAAGCCGUGCGCUGGGGCAUUUCACACACACACGCACAGACGCGCACACACACACACGCGCGCGGCGUAUCGCACAGAGAGACACACGCGUACGUAGAUCGAUACACACAACAGCAGCAGCAGCAGUGGAGCGGCGUAUCGCACGGACUACAGCCGCUCACAACUGCGGGUCUCCAGUUCGACGCCUCCUUUCUACGUGGUCGCACUGAGAUUGCUGCGGCUGCCGCUACACCUGCUUGUGCUGGGUUUUUUUUUCAUAUCGCUGCUGCUGCUGCUAACAUAGCUGCUCGGGGCUUGUAGUGGUGGUGGAUGCAGCAAAUUGCGUUGCUUACUGCCGCUGUAGCGACUGUCACAGCUGCUGCUGCUGCUACUCCUGCUUGUAGUGGUUAGUCUCCUACUGCUAUUGCCGCUGCUGUUGCUGCUAUAGCUACUCCUGCUGCUACAUUUACCGCCGUCGUUGCUACAGCUGCUGCUACUGCUGCAGUGGCUGCUCCUACAGCUGCUGUCUACGAUGGCUCUGCCGUGUUCGAACUGCGACGGUGGCUCCAUUGGCCGUGUGGCCUGGGCCGGUAUAAGUUCGAGUCUGGGUGACGUUACGAAGAAGAGGCGCUGGACGAUGAUGAUAACGACGAUGAUGAGCAUGAUGAUGAUGAGGAGGAGGAGGAUCGUUGUGGUGGUGAUGAUGUUGAUGACGGCGAUGAUAACAUCGGCGGACGACGCGAUCCCACGGGAGGAUCUGGCUGAACCCCGAUUUGGACGGCUCCCGGCGGCCCAACGGGGUCUGGGAUGUGGGGAUCUCGAGACGCGGAACCGCCCGAGGCGAGCCACGGCUACGCUCAAACUCAGCGCCGAGGUGUCAGAAGAUGCCCGUCCGGGAUCUCCCGUCGCGCGGAUUCCACAGGGCAGGUUCCUCCGAGCCAGAUUCGAGCUCGUGUCUGAGCCCCAAGGACACGGCCACCAUCACCACCAGCAGCAGCAGCAGCACCCGUGGCUCACGCAGCUGCCUGCCGACCAGACGGGCACUCACCCGGCACAUGCCCUGGCCGUGGAUGGGGCCACGGGGCAGGUCGUGACGGCGAGGACCUUGGACCGGGAGACGGAGCCGCAGGUGUCCUGCACGGUGCGGGUUCGAGAUUCGAACGGCGCGGACUGGUUCGACGUGGAGCUCGCGGUGGCUGUGACGGACGUCAACGACAACGUCCCCGAGUGGCUCAUGGAGCCCUUCCCCUUCCUGGGAGUCGUGGCGCCGGACGCUGCCCCGGGCACCGUGGUGUACCGCCUGGCGGCACGGGACGCCGACUCGGGGGCCAACGGCGAGGUCCGAUACCAGCUCAUCGGAGGCGGGGAGGGCCGCUUCGAGGUGGACGCGGAGUCGGGCGCCGUGCGCACCGUGGGCGGCGCGCCGCUGGCCCGCGAGCGGCCCUUCGUGCUCACGGUGCUGGCGAGCGACGCGAUGGGAGCGCAGGGCGCCUACGCCUCCCUGUCGGUGAGCUCGGCGCCGCGCGCCCCGCAGUUCGGCCGCCAGGCAUACGAGGUGGCCAUCCCCGAGGGCACGGAGCCCAACCGCACGGUGCUGGUGGUGACGGCCCGCUCGUUCCAGGGGGGUCGCGUGUCCUUCUCGCUGCUGGGAAACCCGGCGGGGCUGCUGGCCGUGGCGCCGCGCACGGGGGAGCUCUCGCUCACGCGCGCCGUCGACUACGAGAGCGAGCAGCGGCGCUACCUCGGGGUCAUCCGCGCCACCGAGGAGGCGCCCUCGGGGGGGCUGAGCAGCGAGGCUCAGGUGACGGUGAUCAUCCUGGACGACAACGACUGCGUCCCAGAAUUCCUGCACUCGACCUACAGCUACGAAGGGCUGGCCGAAGACGCGGAAAUCGGCACGUACGUCUUGCAGGUGUCGGCCCGAGACUGCGACUCCGGCCUCAACGCGUUGCUCUCCUACUUCGUGGCGGGAGGCGGCGGGGGCGACUUCGCGGUGUCUCCCGACGGCUCCGUGUCGGUGGCGCGGGCCCUGGACCACGAGCGGUCCCGCGGCGCCUACGAGUUUGCCGUGGCGGCCGUGGACCGGGGCCACCCGCCCCGCACGGGCACCGCCGCCGUGCGCGUCCGCGUCGCCAACGUCAACGACGAGGCGCCGCGCUUCUCCCGGAGCACGUACCAGGCGCUCAUCUCGGAGGAGGCGGGGCCGCACGCGCUCGUGGGCUCGGUGCUCGCGAUCGACCCCGAUGGGGACGCCGUCUCCUACGCAAUCGCCAGCGGCAACGAGGACGGAAACUUUCUCAUCGACCCACACGAAGGCAUCAUCCGCUUGCGAUCCUCGCCGCCGCCGCGCCUGCUUGGCCCCUCGUACACGCUGGGGGUCACGGCGACGGAUGACAACGCGUCGGGUGGCGCGGGGCCCCUGCGCGGACACGCCACCGUCAGCGUCACCGUCCGUGACGUCAACAACAACAAGCCCCACUUUGCUGAGUGUGCCCGCUACAGCGAGCUCGCCGUGGUUGCCGAGAACCUCCCCGCGGGCCAGGCGGUCGUGCAGGUCGAGGCCCACGAUGCUGAUGAGGGCGACAAUGGGCGAGUCCGCUACGGGCUCAUCCAGCGGGCGGAUGCGUCGCCUGCUCUGCACAUCCACCCCGAGACCGGGCUGAUCACCACGACGCGGCCGCUCGACCGGGAGGCCCAGCGUGAGCACGCGGUCACGGUGACGGCCACGGACCAGGGCUCGGAGCCGCUGGUGGGGGUGUGCCGACUCGCGGUCACCGUCGCCGAUGACAACGACAACGCCCCGCGCUUCGAGGCGGCGCGAUACGAGCACAUCCUGCGAGAGGACACCCCGGUGGGCACGAGCUUCCUGCGCGUGGCCGCGCACGACGAGGACCAGGGCGCGAACGCCGCCGUCACCUACUCGCUGUCGGGCGACCCGCCCGAGUACAUGCGCGUCAACCCCGCCACCGGCUGGGUCUACGUGCACCAGCCCAUCUCGCUGAACCCGCUCAUCCGCCGCCUCGUGGUGGCGACGGACGGAGGCAACCGCAGCAGCUCAGUGGAGCUGUCGGUGAGCAUCACCAACCUGCGCAACCAGCCGCCUCGCUGGCACAGCGACCGCUACGACAUCACCGUGCCGGAGAACACGACGCGCGACACCGUUAUCCUGACGCUGAAGGCGAGCUCGCAGCUGGGUGACCCGCGGGUCACCUACACCCUGGAGGAGGGCGGCCCCACCGCCCUUUUCUACCUGAGCCCCAACCGCGCCGACGGCUCCGCCUCGCUGCUGCUCGCCGAGCCCCUCGACUACGAGGCCGCCCCGCGCCUCUCGCUCCGGGUUCGGGCCCAGAACGUGGCCGCGGUGCCGCUGGCCGCCUUCGCCAGUGUCUACGUCUCCGUCACCGACGUCAACGACAACGUCCCCUUCUUCACGGCGCCCAGCUACGAGGCCUCGGUGCCCGAGGGCGCCAGCGUUGGGACGUUCGUGACGCAGGUGUCCGCCACCGACCUCGACUCGGGCGAGCACGGCAAGGUGAGCUACUCGCUGCUGAAGGACGCGAGCGGGGAUCACCGCUUCUUCUCGGUGGACGAGGGCAGCGGCGCGGUGUUCACACGCGCCGUGUUCGACCGCGAGAGCAAGAGCUCCUACGUGGUGGAGGUGCAGUCGCGCGACGGGACGGAAAGCGCGCGCACGGGCAGACGCGCACAGCCCAACACAGACUCGGCGUACGUGCGCGUCAUCAUUAGCGACGUGAACGACAACGUCCCCACCUUCGAGCGGGAGCUCUACGAGGUGACGCUGGACGAGGACGUGGAGGUGGGGACCAUCGUCGCCACCCUCGUCGCGGUCGACGGAGACGAAGGCGCCGACGGCCUCCUGCGCUACCGCAUCGUGUCGGGCAACGAGGACGGCGCCUUCGAGUUGCGCGCCGAGACGGGGGCACUCGCCGUGGCGCGCCCGCUGGACUACGAGCGGGCGGCGCGACACGCGCUGCGCGUGGCCGCCUCCGACGGCCGCUGGGAGGGCCACGCGACCGUGGCGGCGGCGCUGCGCAACCUCAACGACGAGGCGCCGGUAUUCGCCAGCGCCGAGUACCGCGCCCGCAUCGCUGAGGGGCUGCCGCGCGACGCCCCGGUGCUGCUCCUGCAGCAGUUGGGUGGUGCAUGGAACGUCCGUCCCCGCCCCACAUCUCCUUUUAUAAGGCCACGUGGGAGGGCGUGUGGCAGUUUGGUCGUGUCGGAACAGUUCUCUGUGGUGAAUACGAUGUCUUUAAAAAAUAGCGGUGCUACUGUGCCUCCGGAAAUACAAUCAACGCAGAGCCGCUUGCGCAUCCCGAGAUUUAGCAGCGAACGGGACCCCACCCUGCGACUUGCAGACGCCUUGAAACACCUCCCUCUUGGUUUUGCCCAUCGCUCCUCGCAGGUGUCAGCCCACGAUCCCGACCGCCCGUCAUCACCGCCGCCGUCAUCGCCGUCAACGGCAGCGGCGGGCGUGCGGUACUCGCUGCGCGGCCAAGGCGCCGGCACGCACUUCUCGGUGGACGCGGUGACGGGGGAGCUGUGGGCGCGGGCGCCGCUGGACCGAGAGGAGCGCCCGGCGUGGCGUCUGCUCGCCGUGGCCACCGACGAGGGCGGCGCCGGCCUCUCGGGCUUCGCCGAUGUCGUGGUCGCCGUCGACGACGUCAACGACAAUGCGCCGGCCUUCGUCUGCGCCGGCGGUGAACGGGGAGGCGAAGGAGGAGCCCGGAGCGAUAACGGCGAAGGCCGCGAAGGAGCUCGAUGGCACCACCGCGACGAUGGUGACGGCAGCGACGGCGGUGAUGGAAACCGAAACGGCGAUGGGCACACGAUUGCCGGCAUCCUGGGUCAUGGUGCAGCUACUGGUGGUGCUGGUGUGGGCACGAUCGGUCUUGGUGGUGGUGGCAUUGGUACUGGCGGCGCAGGUGGUGGUGGUGAUAAAGUGGGCGGCAGCGUUGGUAUUGCUGCCAGCGGUAAAAUCGGUAGCGUCGGUGCGGCCGGUGGCAGUAAUGUUGGUGAUACUGGGCCUGGCGUGAACGGUGGUCAUCUCGGCAUUCGAGGCGGUGCUGAUCUUGGUAGAGGCCACCUCGGUAGUGGUACCGGCACCGGCAUUGGCGACAAAGGUUCUUUAUCGCGCUUCCUCACCGCUCCCCCUUCCGCCGACACUGCCACCUCCUCCGGGCUGUCCGGCUGCCUCGUGGGCGAGGUGCUGGAGAACGCCGCUCCUGGCACGGCCGUGAUGCAGGUGCUGGCCGUCGACCCCGACGACCCGGGCGCCGGCGGCAACGCGGCCGUACGCUACCGCAUCGUCGGUGGCGUCGGCGACGCCCCGCGGCUGUUCCGCGUCGACCCGGCCACCGGCACGGUUCGCACGGCGGCGGCCCAGGGCGGCGCCGACGGCACGGGGUCGGCGCUCGACCGCGAAGUCCUCGGCUCGCCCCUCCUGCUGCUGCUGGAGGCCGCGGAUGGCGGGGGCCUCUCCGCCACGGCCACCGCCACCGUGGCGAUCGUCGACGUCAACGACAACGCCCCCCGCUUCCUCGUGCCGCCCGGCGGCGUCUACCGCUGCCGCGUGCCCGAGGGCACCCAGGUGGGCACCGUGAUCGCGACCGUGUCGGCGUGGGACGGCGACGCGGGCGACAACGCCCUCGUCUCUUUCUCGGUGGAGGGCGGCGACGUGGCCGGCGCGGGCCGCACCUUCUCGGUGGAGUCGGACCGAGCGGCGCGCGUGGGCACCGUGCGCCUCGCGCGGCCCCUCGACUACGAGCGGCCGCGCGAGCGCCGCUUCAACGUGACGCUGGCGGCGCGCGACCCCGACCACGGCGACCGCGCGUCGCUGCUCGUCGAGGUGCUCGACGACAACGACAACGCCCCGCUCUUCUCGCGCCAGCUCUACGAGGCGUCGCCCGUCUCCGAGGCCGCCGAGCCGGGCCACCCGGUCGCCGGCGUCUCGGCCUCCGACGCCGACUCCGGCGCCAACGGGGAGGUGUCCUACUCUCUGGCGCCCCGCGGCGGCGGCGGCGACGACGACAGAGGAGGAGGAGGAGGAGGAGGGACGGCGCCGCCGUUCGACGUGCACCCGCACCUCGGGCUGGUGUCGCUCAGCGGGCGUCUGGACCGGGAGUCGAGCGAGCGCCACCUGCUGCUGGUGCUGGCGACGGACGGCGGGAGCCCGCCGCGGACCGGCACCGCCACGCUGCUGGUGCCCGUGCUCGACGUGAACGACAACGCCCCCGAGCCGGAGAGCGAGUACCGGCCCGUGGUGUUCGAGAACGGCCCGGCGCCGGCGGACGUGCCCGCCAACGCCACGUCGCUGGCGCUGCGCUUCGUCGACCGCGACGGCGCGGGCCGCAACGGCGCCGUGGCGUCGCUGCGGCUCGCGGAGGCGUCGGCGAGCGCCGGCGACUUCGCGCUGCGGGACGCCGGGGACGGCUCGGCGGUGCUGACGGCGCUGCGGGCGUUCGACCGCGAGGCCGGCGAGCGGCUGCUCGUGGCCGUGGUGGCGACCGACGGCGGGGAGCCGCCACGCAGCGCCACCGCCACGCUCACGGUGACCGUCGGGGACCGCAACGACAACCCUCACCAGCCUGGCAGCACGGCCAUCUACGUGUACAAGUACCGCGGCGCGCUGCCCUCGGGGGAGCUGGGCCGAGUGUUUGCCCCAGACCCCGACGACUGGGAUAACAAGACGUUCACCUACGAAGGGCAGGCACCCAGGUGGUUUUCCCUGGCGCGUGACUCCGGGGCGGUCUCCCUGAGGUUGGCGCCGCCGCCGGGGGAGCACAGCUUCCGCGUGCGUGUGGCCGACGGCGUGUGGCCCGACGCCGUCUCCACGGCGACCGUGCUGGUGGCGGAGCUCCCUGAGGAGGCGCUGGUCCAGGCCGGGUCGCUCAGCCUCGCCGACACGACCGCGGAAGACUUCCUGUACGACCCACGCGACGGCGUGAGCCGCUACGAGCUCCUGCGCGCCUUCAUCUCCUCCGAGGUUUUCGGGCUGCGGCGGCGACGACCGCCGCCGCCACCGUCGUCGCCUUCGCCGGCGGCGACGGGCGCGAGCGUGCACUUGUUUGCCGUGAGCGACGCGCCGGGCACGCCGGGCCGCGUGGACGUGUGCUUCGCCGUGCUCGGCGCCGCCAGGGCGUUCCGCGCCGAGCGUCUCAACGGCAACGUGGCCAUGCACAAGGCCAGGCUGGAAGAGGUUGUGAAUGUGUCCGUGGCGAGGGUGGGGGGCCCUGGCCCGUGUCGGACGCCCCCCGACGGCACCGCCCCCCGCCCCCCGGUCUCGCGCUCCGGGGCCGUCUCAGUUGCCGUGGGGACGGUCGCCGUGGUCACCGACUCCGUGCGGGAGGACGAGCGAGACAGUGGCCCCGUGUGCCGGAACGGAGGAAUCCGCAUCGCACCCUCCACUUCCUCAUACGGUUGCGAGUGUCCACCGGCUCUGGACGGGCCGCUGUGCGAGCGCACCCAGCGGUGGUGGAACGCCAGCGAGUCCUCGGGGCCCGGUUCGGUGAGCUACGCGUGGUUCCCGCCGCUCCGCCUGGGUCCCAUUGCCGCCGCCGCAACAACCGCCGCCAGCCUCUCGCUGGAGUUCCUGACGGGCGAUCCGGACGGACUGCUGCUCUACGCCGGCCCGCUCACCGCCCCGGGAGCCAGGGAUCGGCGCGACUUCAUCGCCAUCGAGCUGCGGAAGGGCGCCCCGACUCUGAGCAUCGACCUGGGAAGCGGAACCCUGCUGCUGAGCGACGGCGCCGGCACGCGAGGCCUUGCCGACGGGAGGUGGCACCACGCUGAGGUCUCCGUCAGCGGCGCGGACAUCAUCUUCACGCUGGAUUGGUGCGAGGGCCAACGCCGGGACGGUGGAGCCUGUGAGGCCCAUGGCAUCAUCCCAGGCGAAGCCAGUUCCCUGGACGUGCUGCAGCCGCUGCAGCUGGGAGGGGUCAAGCCGAGUCCCUCGUUCCUGUACCCUGGCCUUGCCUCUCGCUCCUACACGGGCUGCAUCCGCAACGUGGUCGUCGACGGAGAGCUGCUGGACAUGGAGACACCGGGCGAGGCCGAGGCUUCGGGGCCCGGCUGCUCGGCGUCCGACUCCGCGUGCACCCCCGUGCCGUCGCCGGGGGGGUCUCCCGCGUGUGGAGGGCACGGGGAGUGCGAGGGACCCACGCCCCCCUCGCUGGGGACGGCACAGAGCCAGCCGGCCUGUCGUUGUCGGCCCGGACACAGCGGCGCUCUUUGCAAAAGAGUGCUGAAGCCGUUCACGGUGGCUGUGGGCGGCACUGCCCGGUUCCUGCUGCCCGCCUCCGUGGCGCCGUCCUUGCGAUGGACGCACCUCCAGCUGCUGCUGCGCACGCGCGCACGCGACGCUCACGUCCUCUCGGCGUGCUCGCCGGACCGCUCGCACUACGUCUCGCUCGCGGUGUGCGAUGGCCACGCCUGCGCUCGCCUCGCUCUGCCUGCCGCCGGUGGCGCCGGCGUCGUGGAGUCACGGCUGACCCUGACGGACCCCGGGGGAGCGGGCCUCGUCUCGGACGGGCGGUGGCACUCGCUGCAGCUGUGGCGGCACGGGGCGGAGAUGACGCUGCGCGUGGAUACGGGCGGGCGGCGCCGGGAAAACCGCACCAACACCAGGAGACGCGGCGGCGGCGGCGGCGGCGGCGGUGGCCACACUGAGCUACAGCUGGACCCGGCCGGCCUGCUCCUAGGAGGCGUUGGGCCUUAUGGGAACCCCACGAGCUUCAAAGGCUGUGUGCGGGACGUGCGCUUUAACGGGCUCCCCCUGUCGCUGGACGCCGCUCCAUCCCCCGCGUCGGGGUCCAGGGUCCCCGUCUCCUCCCCCGUCCCCCGCAUCUCGGCCGCCCGUGGCAUCAGCGCCGGCUGUGUCUCCGACUCCUGCAGCAGCCGGCCGUGCCCCCCACCGUUCCUCUGCGUCGACCUGUGGCACCUGCAUCAGUGCAGGUGCCCCGCGGGACAGAUGCUCCUGCCGCCCGCCAAUGCGAGCAAUCCCAUCGCCGCGGCACGGGCCCCGCCACCGCCGACCUCCUCCUCGUCCGCCAGCUCCCCCGGAAUCUGCGUCCCGGAUCCGUGCUCCCGCGCCGCGUCGCCUCCGUGCCGCAACGGCGGCGCCUGCCUCCCCGAAACGCCCACGGCCUUCUCCUGCCGCUGCCGCCACGGCUUUGCCGGCCGCCGCUGCGAGGCGCCCGUGGCCGGCGUGCUGCUGGCGGCGGGCGCGGCCGAGGGAGGCCCAACGAUCCCGGCCGUGGUCGCGGCGAGCGUGUGCGCCGUGGGCGCUUUCGGCAUCAUAGUGGUUUUGUCCAUCCUCGCUUGCUGGAUACGGGCGCGGAGCAAGCGUGGACCACACCACUCACGGGCGCGGGGGAGCAGCGUGGGAGACGUGCGUGAGAACGUCGUCUCUUACAACGAGGAGGGCGGAGGAGAGGAUGACCAGAACUUGUUCAGCAUGGCUGAGCUGCAGAGGCCGCUGCAGGUCCUUGAGUCUCGGCCUACGGCGGACGGCGAGGGCCCUCCUCGCUUCUCGCCGUCAUCGUCGUCGUCUCCCGGGGCCACCUCGUCGCCGUGCGACGGGGACCCCGAGGGCCCCGCACUCCCCUCCCGCUCCGACGCGUACUUCUCCGUCAUUCGCGGUCGCCCCGGAUCGGGUUACGCAGCCCGCUCGUCCGGAACGACGCAGAACGGCGAGCCGAGUGGAAAUCCGGAAACGCACUUCAAGAACACGGAACUGUGCGGUGGCAGGAACACGGAACCGUACGGCGGAAAUCAGGAAUUGCACGGCAAGAAUUCGGAUCCGCAAAGUCAAAAUCCGGAAUCGUACAAUCAGAACCCAGAACUUUAUAGCCAGAAUCAGGAAUUGCACAGUCAGAAUAUGGAACUGUACGGCAUGAAUCACGAAGCACAUGACAGAAAUAUGGCAUUUUACAGCAGGAAUCCAGAACUGUACGGCGGAAAUCAGGAAUUGCACGGUAAGAAUCCGGACACGCAAAGUAGGAAUCCGGAAUCGUUCAACAGGAAUCCGGAAUUUUACAGCCAGAAUCAGGAAUUGCACAGUAGGAAUCUGGAACCGUAUGGCAGAAAUGAAGAAGUGCAUCACAAGAAUAUUGCAUUGUACAGCAGGAAUCCAGAACUGCACAGCAAUAAUCAAGAAGCAAACAGUAAGGAUCCAAAACAAUAUGGCGGGAAUGUGAAACUGCACGGGAGCCUCGAGUUGUGUAGGAGCGCGGAAUCGCGCAAGCCGAUCGUGUCACUCCCAGGCUACGGUUUUGGAUUUGACCUGCGCCUGCCAGCCCAUGGUGGAGGAGAAGGUGGAGCGCACUUCCUGCCGACCGGAGAAACGUUAUCUGGAAAUCCUCCGCGCUUCCCAAUACCCGGCGCCCCGGCGUCGGAGGCCGCAGCAUCCAACGCCGCUCGCAUCGUAACCCCCGAAUCUCCGUCUUCGGCAGUUCUCCUUGGUUACGGUGGCGGCGGUUGCGGCAGUGUCAGUGGUGGCAGUGGUAGCGUUGGCAGUAGCGGCGGCGGCGGUUUAGGUGGUGGUCGCUCCGCCGCUUCGGGCCGCCCGGUCCCACCGGCUUUCAAAGCCCAGCGGCCGCCCCCGCCGGACUACAGCCAUUAUUUGGCUCGGAUCAUGGCCCGGGCCGAGAAGCAGCCGGACGACCCGCCGCCCCGGGUGUACGCCGUGGAAGGCGGUGGCACGCCGGCCGGCAGCCUCAGCACCAUCACGUCCGGCGAGUGGGGGGAGGAGGAAUCGGAUUGUGGUGGAGGUGGCGGCGAUGGCGGCUGUGGCGGUGUUCGUGGGUGCCGGGGUCUCGAUUUGCAUUCCACGAGUGGGGGGCCCAGGGGGGCCGUCCUAGGGGGGGAGGACGGCACGAGGGGAGAUGGAGCGCGGUUGGUGUGGGUGGUGGAUGCCGUCGCGGAGAAAACUUGAGCGGCGUCCGCUCGCUCGUGCGCGUCCGUUUCACUUAUUCAUUUUGUUUCGUACCUUUUUUUAGCACUAAUUAAGUCACGUUUCCAUUAUGGGUGUCUCGACAGUGCUGGCUAAUUUAACUAAGUACUAUUUGUAUUUUUUACCAGGAAAGAUCCACUGAGCUACGCAGCUCUUCUUCAGAAACAACCUCGCCACAAAUGAUUGCUUCAACGACGUGGCUUAUCAUCACGUGGAAAUAUGUAGCAGCCAAAUACUCUAAACGCGUGCUUCUCAAUGUGGAGGGGGAAGCAAAAAUACCUUGGUGAAAGAUCCAAGCGACCACGGGGAGAACAUACAAACUUCAAAUAUACAGCAGGCGUCAGGGUCGGGAUCGAACCCACUCCCUCCUGCAUACCAGGCGAUGCAAUUAACAACUCGCCACCGCAGCACCCUAAUUGCUCUCACAUGGCCAUUACAAGACCCCACACACGUCGAAUAAUAUGUUGCUUGUGUCUUAGGUCAUUCUUGUGCCAAAAACUUCAUGCAGUUCAGCAAUAAUUUCACAUCCAAUUGCAUGCCUCUGUCCUCAUGCAUGUAACAGUAAUAUGACGAUGAUAGUGAACAAGCCUUUGUUAAUCCACUGCUGGAUGAAGGCCUCCCCGUGGAGUGUAUUUUGUGGGAGGUGAUUGACCAUACUUCACCACACUGGUCAGUGCGGUUUGGUGAAAUAUUCGCAAAGAAAUACGUCAGCACUUACGGAAGAUAACCUAAUAUGCUAAACGGUUUACGUUUUAUUAGCUUAUAUAACUUAAUU